AUGUUGCAGCUUCUUUUCUCAACCUUUCUGCUUUGCUUCUCCUUCAUUACACAGCUUCAGCAACCUGUGUAUGCCAUUAAAAAGUCGUACGUUGUAUACCUGGGAUCACAUUCUCAUGGCCCCCGACCUUCUUCUGCUGACAUGGACUCUGCUACAAACUCCCAACAUGAUUUGCUCGCUUCUGUUCUGGGAAGCCAUGAGAAGGCCAAAGAAGCUAUGUUUUACUCUUACAAUAAACACAUCAAUGGCUUUGCUGCAUUACUUGAAGACGAAGAGGCACAAGAGCUCCAAAAAAAUCCAAGAGUGGUGUCAGUGUUCUUGAGCCAAUCACAUAAGCUGCACACAACCAGGUCAUGGGACUUUCUUGAACAAGAGAGGAAUGGAAGAGUUAGAUUGGACUCUGCGUGGGUGAGGGGCAAUUUUGGUCAGAAUGUCAUCAUAGGCAGCAUUGACACUGGUGUUUGGCCAGAAUCCAGAAGCUUCCGAGACAAUGGAUACGGACCAAUACCAAGGAAGUGGCGCGGCGGAUCCAAAUGUGAGCUGCUCAGUUUGUCCGGCAUUGCAAACAGAACUCUUUGCAACAGGAAGAUAAUAGGAGCAAAAACCUUCUUUCAAGGCUAUGAAACAAAAAAUGGACCCCUUAGCUCAUCAACUCGAAUCAGUGCCCGUGACAGUUUUGGCCAUGGAACCCAUACGUUGUCAACGGCCGGCGGCGAAUUUGUGAGAGAUGUGAGCGUUCUCCGAAAUGGUAACGGCACUGCAAAAGGAGGAUCUCCAAAAGCUCGUCUUGCAGUGUACAAAGUAUGCUGGGGCAGCGGUAAUUCUGAAGAGUGCACUGAUGAAGACUUGAUUAAAGCUUUUGAUGAAGCUAUUCAUGAUGGUGUUGAUGUGCUCUCUGUUUCGAUCGGCCGGAGCGCCGUCCCAAAUGUCAACGACAUGUUGACCAAUGGGAUCUCCAUUGGAUCCUUUCAUGCAGUUUCAAGAGGUGUUCUAGUUGUUGCCUCUGCUGGUAACGAUGGACCUGAGCUUCAAACUGUGUCCAAUGUGGCACCUUGGAUCUUCACUAUUGCUUCUGGCUCUAUUGACAGAGACUUCAGUAAUAAUAUUACUCUCAGUAAUGGCCAACUCAUGAAGGGGACCAGUCUUGCCACAAACUCAACAUCACGACAAUUAGUUCCUGUGCUAAUUGCUGGUAAUGCUAGGCUUCCUAAUGUGACAUUUGACGAUGCGGACCAUUGCAAACCUGGAACACUUGAUCCAAACAAAGUAAGAGGUAGUAUAUUGGUAUGCCGGAGAGGAAGGAGCUUAAGGCCUGUGGACAAGGGACAAGAAGCAAAGCGUGCAGGUGCUUUGAAAAUGAUUCUGCAAAAUGAUGAGGAUUUGAACACAGCCACAGCUGAUGCUCAAGUUAUAGAUACUUCUAAUGUUCCAACAUAUAGACAUCCAAGAAAGAAUAAGACCAUAUCCCAGCAGGAAAAGAAUCCUUUGGAUGUCAAGAACCUUACUGCAUUCUUGAAUAACGCAAAAACAUUUAUCCCAAUAAAGCCAGCUCCAAAAGUUUCAGCAUUCUCAUCCAGGGGACCCAACUUGAUUCUGCCGUCAAUCCUCAAGCCUGAUGUAAUUGCACCAGGUCAGGAUAUAAUUGCUGCUUAUUCAUCAGGGGCAAGUCCCACCAACCUAGAUUUAGAUGUAGGUCACUUUGACUAUAACAUUCUAUCAGGAACCUCCAUGGCAUGUCCUCAUGUUGCUGGCGUUGCUGGCCUUCUCAAGAAUCGCCAUCCUAGAUGGAGUCCAGCUGCUAUCAAAUCAGCAAUUAUGACCACAGCAACCACCCAGGAUAAUGCCAAACGGCCAAUUCUAGAUGAAAAUGAUGAUGAAGUAGCAACUCCAUUUCAUUAUGGUUCAGGACACAUAAAACCUAACCUUGCAAUGGACCCCGGACUUGUUUAUGAUUUGAAGGCCUCUGAUUACCUAAACUUGUUAUGUACUUCAGCUUAUGAGGAAAGAAUAGUUGAAUCCAUUAAUAAUAAUAAGCCAUACAAAUGUCCAAGGUCCUACAGACUAGAAGAUUUCAACUACCCUUCUAUCACAUUGCCUUUUCUGAGUGUGAAACCUAUAAAUGUUACUCGUACAGUAACAAAUGUUGGUCCUCCAAGUACAUAUACUGUAAAUGUCAAAGCCCCAGCAGGAGUUGAAGUUGUUGUUCUUCCAACAACUUUGACAUUCCAGGGGACAAACCAAAAGAAGAGCUAUCUAGUUAUUUUUCAAGCAACACGUUCAGCCAAAACUUCAGAGCCUUCAUUUGGAGAGUUGACAUGGACAGAUGGCAAGCACAAAGUGAGAAGUCCUAUAGUAAUCCCUCAACAUGCAAAAAUGGCUCUGUAGAUUUCAAUGUUACCAAUCCAGUGUGUUGUGUGUUAAUCAGAUAGUGAGAGGUAGUGUUAGAGUGACUGUUUUCAGAUGUGUGGAUAUGCUGAACUAUGUUAUAAUUUAAAAAUGACGGUUCCUACCAGAAAAUAAACCCGCUAGGUCCUCCCAAGCAA